AUGAACCAGCUAACGACUGACAGCCAUUCAUCUACCGAGCAGGUGAAACUGCUUAGAAGAGCAACUAAUCGUCAGAUCAUUCGCAAGAUCCACGAUGACACCGUCACGCUUCGGUCGAGUCGCGCUAGCCAGAUAUCACGGACAUCGAGUACUGUUCCCAGUAGCAGACUAUCAAUGCAUGACCAAACAUUUGAUUUUGACCCGACCUUAGCAGCGUCAAUGGUCUAUCGCCGGCCUACACAGCAGCCUCAGCAUGUUCGGGCCAUCUCAACACCAGAGAGCCACUCGACUACGGGCGGCCAUAGUCCAUUUACUGAUCAGAGUUACAAUAGCAGUCGAACAGGGACACUUGAAAUGAAUUCACCAACAGCUUCUCGGGAAAAGGUCUCUGCGCAACAACAGGGUUAUGCCACCUUGCCGAGUAGUCCGUCCGGGCUGGUGUAUCCAUGGCAACAAACCAGGAGUGUAUCGUUUAAUCAAGUAUCUCGACCUACCCUGAAUUCAAUGAGACGAUCAGAGUCGGACUCUACAGCCUCUCGAGGAACCAUGAGAUCCUUGGGAUCGCGAAACAACGGAAGGUUAUCGUCUUUGCUUGAGCGUGUGAAUCCGCGCAAACGUCAGAAUUCCUUCGCUCUGUCAACAAGAAGCUCAGCAAAUCUUUCUAUGAGUCCAACUUUGAGCCGACGAAGGCGUUCCCGAGAACCGAACUUCAAUACCAGCAUCGACCUCGCCGCGGCGGAUAGCGCGUCUAUACCGCCGAUUAUCAGAGCCGCUCAAACUGGUUCGCGUGAAGAAGUGGAACGACUAAUCGACCGCGGCUGUGACAUUGAGGCUCGUCACUGGCAGUCCAGACGUAAUGCUCUGUUAGUCGCUUCGCACUGUGGGAAAGAAGAGGUAGUUGAUAUACUGGUCCAGCACAACGCUCGACUCGACGAGGUGGUGCAGAUUCUGCUUGAGCAUGGAGCGGACAUUGAAGCCAUGGACGGCUCAAUGAUGACGGCACUGCAUUAUACAUGCCAGGGCGGGCACCUGGAAGCAAUGGAGAUUCUCUUACAUCACCGAGCCAACAUUGAGGCAGUAGGUCGAAAUCGCAAGACCCCUCUGAUAUGCGCGUCCGAGGCUGGUCAACUUAGGGCUGUCGAACGUCUUCUCCAAAGAAAGGCUUCCCUCUGCAGCACCGAUGAUACUGGCAUGACAGCUCUCCACUGGGCUGCGUACAAUGGGCACGAGGAAAUUAUCAGGCUUCUGAGUGAGAGAAGAAAGGCCUUGGGAACAGUGAAUAGUAUGGGACGAACAGCUCUACAUUUGGCAGUCAUGCAGUCUCAAUUCGCGGCAGUAGAGCUACUACUACGCAUGGGUGUUAGCCCCGGCCAAUCAUGUAGGGCAGGUCUCACGGCCCUGCAUUAUGCUUGUCUUGCAGAUAAUCCUGAGAUCGCGAAUCUGCUGCUUGUGACGGGUUCCAACAUUGAGGCCGAGGAUCAGCUCCAGCAAAGACCGAUACAUCUCGCCGCUGCGCGAGGAUCAGUGCGUCUUCUCGAUCUCCUAUGUGACAAGGGCGCAUCACUUGAUGCCCGGGACGGCAUCGGAGACCGACCCCUUGGUGUUGCAUGUCGGUACGGACAAGUCGCUGCUGUACGGAGCCUGCUCGAUCGAAAAUCUCCGUUGUGCGUCAAGGUUGGAGCCAAUUUCCGAGAAGACUCGCCGCUUUGUCUGGCUGCUAUGGGUGGCCACUUGCAAGUAGUGUCGCUGCUGAUUGACCGGGGAGCAUCGACUACCCGGAAAGACAAGGAUGGACGGCAACCAUUUCGAUAUGCAGCGUACCACGGCCACCCAGAAGUUCUGCAGCUGCUUCUUUCAUGCAGUCACAUUCCCGAUCUUGAUAUUCCUGACCUCCUUCUCAUGCCAGAGGCAAUCGGGUUCUCUGCGCAGUCUGAGAUCUCCGACGAGAAAAAGCGGCAAGUUGACGAGUUACUUAAACAGGCCUUGGAAAACCCCGACUCUUUUAGAAAUGCUGUUCCCAGCUUCCUCCGUGGCGGGGACCAACGGGAGUCUUACGAGAGAAAAUUCCGUCCUCCAGCUCAGAUGUCUCGUGAUAUCCCUCGUUCUGGAGAUCCUCAGGAACUUCCCGGCAAUUUGGAACAGGGGCUACCGAGUAGUCGGUCCACGACACCAGAAGGUAUGCGUCGGAAUGCUCAAAUAGCCACCAUGCCCCCGGGCACUGGUGUUCGUGAUCUGAGGCAGCCGGAUCAGCCAGAUCUGCCUCCCCAUCUAGUGGCACUGCUGCGAGAAGCGAAAGACAGAUCAUCCUUGCCACAACUUGAACAACAAUCAGCAGAAGAAACUAGGCAGUAUGAACACGUGCCUUAUAAUAUUCCAGGGACAUCAGCAACAUUUAUUCCUCGGCCUAUACCUGUUCGAUGGCCAUCUCCACCCAUCCAGGCUCCUUCUUCUGAUGGGUUUAGGGCCGGGCCUUCUAUUCCUAUUGUUCCUUCCCCCGUCUCAGUGUUGGAGCAACAGGAUGAUGCGGCAUACAUUCCCCGAACGAUGCUAUCCACCCAGGAGUUAAUUCUGCCCAGGUUUCAGUAUGGGUCAAUGCCUUCUCUUCAAAAGGCCAGCCAUAACAAAGACCCUGGUUCUGGAUCUGACUCGGAGUCUAUUUCUUCAGUCUACACUGCAUCCGAGGGAAAAGCCGAGCCAGACACAGAUGUGAAGGUGAGUACGGGUAUUCAUGAAGUUCGCGAAGGUGUCCACGAACUAGCUAUCCGCACUUUGUGA